GUUUAGCGGCUGAGGUGCAGCCUGUUCGGAGAGACGGCAGGCAGAUAAACACUCUGACACAGCGAGGACACACUUCCACCGCCGCCGCCGCCACGGAGACUCAGGUCAGCAGGGCGAGGAUGAAGAUGAAGCUGCUUUAUGUCCCCACAGUAAUGGCAGUGAUGUCAGCAGUGGUGAAUGUUGGACUGACUGCUGCAAGGUGGACGACAACAGGACCUCAUAGGCUAAAUUUAAAUGGGAAGAUGUUCACUUUGUCGCUUAAUAGAGGAGGAAUAUCCUUCUAUCCUCCCUAUUACAGGCCUUACACUACUGCCUACCCAAGCCAUAGAUACAUCAACCGACAAUACGCCACCGCCCAACCACACAACCCCUUCCAUCUCUACCCCACCCGACCCUACUCUCCCUUCCGUCCCUACCAUGCCCGACCCCACACCCCCUUUCGUCUCUACCCCACACGACCCUACACUCCCUUCCGUCCCUACCAUGCCCGACCCCACACCCCCUUUCGUCUCUACCCCACACGACCCCACACCCCCUUACGUCCCUACCCCACCCGACCCUAUGUCCCCUCCCAUCGCUUCCUCACCACCACCCGACCCUACACCACCACCACCCGACCCUACACCACCACCACUCGACCCUACACCACCACCACCCGACCCUACCACACCACCACCACUCGACCCUACCCCACCACCACCCGAUGGUACACCACCCGACCCUACCCCACACGACAUUACACCACCUACCCUCCCUGGACCUCACCGCCUCCUACUAGAGGUGUGUCCGUGUGCCUGCGUUUCCUCACCGACUAUCAGCAGACAACAAAGCCCACAAUCUUCAAGCUCAGCCCGUCCAGCGGAGCCCCUCUGACGUUGGGAACCAGUUACGGGACUCAGUUUUUCCUGUCCUUUGACGGAUACAGUUACAGUUAUCUGAACUUGCAACCUAAUUUAAGAUUCUGGUCCAACGUCGGACAGGACAUCUGGACCAGAGUCUGCCUCACUGUGGACUCUAGGAAGAAAGUGGCCCAGGUGUUUAGCGGCUCGAGCAUUAGCAUCAGGAAGAUGCUGCCUGUUCAGUACGUCUGGCAAGGCGAGCCUGUGAUUGAUUUUCCAGGUUUUGAUGGUCAGCUGACAGACGUUCAGGUGUGGGAUUAUCCUCUCGGCUACAAAGAAGUCUUCAACUACAUGACCAGCGGUGUCUAUGCGCCGUACCGUGGCUCCGUUCUCACCUGGUCCUCCAUCAGCUACUCUCCAAGAGGAAACACGCUAUUGGAAGAUGCCUAUGAGUGGCAAGCAAAACAGCCAAUCAGCAGCAGGGGGAGAGGGCGUCAACCAGAGUUUCCCAGUGUGGGGGAAAGGAAAGCCAGAGAGAGACAAAAGCUUUAAUGAAACACACUGGGCAUGUGGUGUGAAAAUUCAAAUCAAUCAAUCAAUUAACAAUCAAUAAUUAAUGAUAAACAGAAUUUAAACGUGAUUGACUUAUGUGAUUAUACAGUAUUUACAAGACAACAUAACAAAACAGUACUAGCUGUGUUUCCAUUGCCCCUAGAAAUGCGCAAAUCCUAAAUAUCGCAAUAAAAAACUGGUAAUGUAAACAGAUAUAUUUCGAAAAUCCUCUCAAAUAUCGCUAAAACAUUUUUACGCUCUCAUGAGGUGGUUUUUCAUACGUGUCGAUAUAAAAGUACAAAAGUGUAAUGGAAACACUUUAUUUGCAUUUACACGUCACCGAGAGCAGCGGACGCAUAACACUUUCGGCCAUCUUCCUCAAAAUGAAAUCUCGCGGGACGUCUGAGAACUUAUGAGACUUUCAGCUGGUUCGCAAACCACUGCUCAAUGGAAACACCUGCAAGUAGCAUUUGAACUUUGCAGAAAUUUCAGAAAUAUCAUUUUUAUUUUGCGAACAACUGUAAUGGAAACGCAGUUUGACCCUAUAUCACCUGUAUCAAGUGCAUUUACUUCCUUUCAUUUUGUAUGUUAUUAAAAAACAAUAAAGAGUCAUCUGACAGAA